AUGAUCAUUAUAAGGAAGGUUUUCACUAUAAUUCUUGUGCUGUUGGUAUCAUCUUGGAUCACAGCUGCUGAAACUCAUACAAACUCAAAUGAUGAUAAUAGUGAAGGUGUUACGAAAACAGUGAUUGAUAUUCUAUCUGAAAAUGUACAGUUUUCCACUUUCUUAAGACUUUUACAAAGAAAUCAACUAAUACCAUUCUUGAAUGAACUUACAAAUAUUACUCUUGUUGCUCCUGUUAAUUCUGCUUUUGCUUUAGAUCAUCAUAAUAAUAAAAGUAAUGUCAAAUUUGGGAAUAAUGAUAAAAAUGCUGAAAUUGAACAUUUUUCAUUGAAUGAAUUGAAAAAAUAUAUCAUUACAGAACCUGUAAUAUCUGGUGACUUUAUUGGAUCAAAUAUUUUCAAUACAUAUUAUAAUAAUGUAUCACCAAUAUUGGUCAAAUCUAAUAAAUCAGAUGAUCAAUUUGAAAUUAAUGGAAUUAAUGUUGUUGAACCUGAUUUUUUAGCAGAAUCUCAAGAUUCUGUUGUUCAAGGUAUUGAAAAUUUAUUUUAUAAUUCAAUUCCAACUACAAAAUUAUUAUCAAAAUUAAAUAAUACUUUGAUAUCGCAAGAAUUAAUUAAUUCACAACAAAAAAAUGAUUUUUUCAAUAAAACUUUAUUGAUACCCACAGAUGAUUCUUUUAAUUUUAAAGAUUAUCAUAUAAAUUAUUUAAAAUCUGAAUUUGGUGAAAAAGAUUCAAAUUUUCUAUUUAAUUCAUUAUCAAUUGAAGGCAUUUAUGGUGGUGAUUUAAAUAAUUCAUUAAAAGAUGGAAAUAAUUUUCAAAUAUUAUUUUCUUCAAAUGAUUCAGGAAAUCAUAUAAUAAUUAAUAACACAAUUUCAUCAUUUAAAUCAAAUAUAUUGACUGAAGAUUCUAUUUUACAUUUAUUUGAUAAUACUAAUUUAAUACCCAAUAUUGAAUUUAAUCCUUUGAAAAUAAUUGUUGGUCUUAAUUCUUCAGGUUUAGUGGAUGAAUUAAUUUUACAAAAAUUAGAUUAUUUAAUUACAAAUAAUUCCAUAAAACAAACAAUUUUCAUACCAAGUCAAGAUUAUAAUCAAUUUUAUAUUACAUCUAAAAAUUCUAAUUUAUAUCAUUUUAUUGAUGAAAAAAUUGAAAAUUUAUCUGAAAAUUUAAAUUCUAAAAAUUUAUUUAAUUCUAAAUUUUGUUCUUCUAAAAAAUUAGGUUCUUCAUGUCAAAAAAUUAAAAUUCAAGAGAAAAAACCAGGAAAUUUUACAUUAAAUGAUAAUUUUAUUAUUAUAGAUGGUCCAUAUAAAAUUGGUGAAACUAUAAUUUAUAUAACUGAUGAAGAUUUAAGAACUCCAAAUGAUUUAAGAACUUCUUUAAAUCCCAUGCAUCAUUGUUCAAAAUCUUUAAAACAUAUGGAAAAUCUUGGUUUAUUAAAACUUUCAAAUAAUAAUUUAGGUUAUACUUAUUUUUUACCUUGUUAUGAUUCAUGGGAUAAUUUUGAAUUAACUUCUAGUUAUUUUGAAAAAAAUUCUACUGCAUUAGAAAUUUUGAUGAAAAAUUUCAUAUUAAAUGGAUUAUUUUACACAGAUAUUGGAAAUUUUGAAUCUAUUGAAUAUAAAAAUUUAAACGGUGAAAAAAUAAAUCUUGAAAAUGAUGAUUAUAAUAAUGAUAAAUCCAAGGACUUACAUUUAAAAUAUAACAAAUUUCCAAUUAAUUUGAAAAAAAAUGAUGAUGUUCUUUAUAAUCAAGGUGUUAUUCAUCCAAUUGAAAAAAUCAUUUUCCCAAGUGGAUUAGAUAUUACUUUAAAAGAUAUAAUAGAAUCAUCUGAUGUUGGGUUAUUUGUUCAUCUUAUUGAUACGAUACCAGAAAUAGAUUUCAAUGAUGUUCUUAAAUCUCAAAAUUAUUCCAUUUUAUUACCUUCUUUAAAAUCAUUAGAGAAAAAUUUACCAUUUGAAUCAAAUACUACUUUAGGAAAUUUCUUAAAAUUACAUAUAAUCAAACCAUCAUCUUUAGAAAAUUUAUAUUCAUGUUCUGGAGAUAUUGAAACUCUAUUAGGAGUCAAUUUAACAUGCUCAAGAAUUUCAGGUAGUAAAGGUGAUUUUUUUUUACAAAUUAAUGAAGAAAGUGAUAACGGUGUAAGAGUCUUGAAUAAGGGAUGUACAAAUUCAGAGAAUCAUAAUUGUGUCUUUGCUAUAGAUAGACCCAUUGCAUUAAAAUGGUUAGAUGAUCAUGACCAUUAUCAUUUAACUAUACCAGGUGUUGCCUUAGCUAUUGGUGUUUUGGUAGGUGUUGUUGUUAUGGUUUUCACAUUUGUUUGUUUAAUGCUAUUUGUGGCAAGAAGAAAAGAUUCCUUUAUAUUCCAUAAUGAAGAAAGAUCAAGUCCAGAUGAAAAUAGUCCAUUAUUAAAUGAAUCUGGAAAUGAUAUUGGUGAUAAUAGAACAAAUAAUACCCAAUCAUCAUCAAGUUUUGGCCAAAAUUAUUCAAGUAAUGCCGCAAUUACUCCUAUAAGGAUGUCAAAUCCUAUAAAUAGAGAACCAAAUAUGAAUUGA